CUUGACUAUAUGUGACUCCCUUGCGACAACAAAAGUGGAUGCCUAAAUAUGCCAUAAUAAGUCCUGAAGUGCUCGACUUCGACGCACACGAUGACACAAGGGUUGACCAGGCCUCACCUGGCGCACGUAAGAUGGCCUGCUCAUUACCAUAUGCUGCAGAGCAUUGCAUCUCCUAGAACGAGGAUUGCGUCGCGAAGCCGGCAAAGGAGGAGGACGUCGACCUUGGAGCCCAAGCUUUCGCCAGUAGUAGCCAUUUCAUACUUGACGUUGCUAUUAUGUGCGUCGAUUGGUGCAGCAGAGAGCGAUUCGCCACUGUCGCCCACAGCAUUCAUUACGUCCCACUGUGGCGAGGCAGCUCAAAACAGUGCGGGCGCUGAUGGAAUAAUCAGUUUCACAUGUAUCUGGUCGGGGAGCAUCACGCUGGUGGCCGGCCCGGAGGCGACCCUACCCGCACAGCCGUCCCUGACGUUGGGACCAGCAUCGACAGCAGCCGACACACCCACGUCGCUGCACCUGUCCUCGCUCACCCGCGCCCUGGCGGUGCCAGCCACCAGCCGCCUGGAGCUGCGGGGACUGCUGGUGACAGGCGCAGCGCUGCCCACGGCGCCCUACCCCCUACCGCCGGCCUCCUUCCUGGCCCUGUCCGCUAUCCGCCUGCUCCCGGCUACGGCGAGCAGCGGCAACGCCAGCAGCAGCGGCAAUGUCACCAGCCCCAGCCCCAGCGGUCCCCGACUGAGCCUGCGGGAUGUGUUGAUUACCACACCCUCCUGCGUGGCCCUGUCCCUGCACCAGGACUUUGCGUGCCGCGCCUCGCCUUCUCCCAACUUCACCGUCACUGCCAACUCGCUGCUAGUGCACCGCUUCACCACACCCACCGCCGACCUGACCAAUGUGAGCCUGCGCUGCUCCGGACCAGCCAUGCCUUUCUCUUGCCUGGCCGUGUCCGUGUCCUCGGGUGCGCAGCUGCUGGGGGCCAUAUCAGAGCUACAGGACGCCAUCCAGAGCGGAUUGCAGCAAACGUUCACCCCGGUGCCGGCAUUCAUUCACGUGGCGACCAGCUUUUCCCUAGUGCCGCCUGCUGAGGGGCCCGGCAGUAGCAACGGCAGCAGCAGCCCUCGGGUGUUGCAGCCCGUGGAGGUAGUCAUUCCACGGCUGGUCAUCGGCGGCAGUAGCAUCAACAGCAGUAGCAACAGCACCGGCAACAGCAGCUCCUCACUUCCAGCAGCAGUGCUACAGCCUCCCGAUGCUUUGCCAGAGCUGGACCUGGCUGGCAGUGUGGGGCUGCUGGUGCUGCGGGCGGGGGCGGGUGUGGUGCUGCAAGACCUGGUGCUCCGCAGGCCGCCGCUGGGCCCUGAUGACGUCCUGCCUCGUUCGCUGCUGCGGCUGCCGCUGUGGACGUUUGACUUCAACCGCAACAUGCUGGGCUGGAGCAAGGGGACCCUGUUGCAACUCGCCAGGGGCGUGGUGGUCAAGGACGUGCCGCGGUCGGAGCUGGCCAUGUACCUUUUGGACGACGCCGUGACGGACGGCACGGACCUUGAUGCCGUGAACGCGGCACUGCCGCCGGCGCUGCGGCCAUGGCGGCUGGCAGUGAACAAUGGCGUGUUCUUCAACAAGCAGAUCAACCCAGUUCCGGGCACGCCCGGCGACGUGUGGGUGGAGUGGUUUAGUUCCAAGAGUUCCAUCACGACCCUCAGCCGCGUGCUGCUACAGCCGGAGACCUGGCUCUGCCCGGGCGGCAGUAGCAGUGACAGCAGUGACGGCGGCGGUAACGGCAGUAGCAUUAAUGCGACAGCAACAACUGCCGCUGCUUGGGCGGCGGCGGCUUCGCCGGAUGAGGGCUGCCUCGGCCGGGAGCCGCUGUGGGCUGUGGUGCCAGCGGGCCUCAGCAUCGGCACCGAUACUGCAACAGCGCACACGGCCGUACACAGCAGCAGCGGCACACGUGCGCGGCCGCUGGUUUCGCUGUCGUCUGUGUCGCGGGAGCUCUCAGACACGAUUGGCGUGCUCCCUCGCGACCUGGACGCAGGCGCAUGGCGAACCCCCGCCUGCACAGCGUUCAUGAUCCGCAGCCAAGUCUCGCCCCUCCGCGUUUGGCCGAUGCCUGUCCGCAUCAGCGAGGAGUCAGACUACCCCGGAUACGAAGUCAUUCGUAGCAGGGCAGUCCUGGCGGGUGCUCCGAACACCGUGCGGGUGUUGGACCUGCAGCAGCUGAUCAGCGCAUUGCGGCUGCCCGCUGCGGCGGCGUUGGAAAGCCAGGUGGCGGCGGCGCUGGCUGCAGAUGGUGGGCCUGAGGUGGCGGUGGCGGCAGCGGCGAGCGUUACCCUGACGUUGCGGUCGCUGGUGCUUGCAAACCUGCCCAGCUCCAGCGGCUGCCGUGCGGGGCAGCAGGCGGGGUGUGAGGUGCAGCUUGCACGGUUGGCGGCUGCAGAAGCAGUUGCCGCCAGUGCCUCCUCUGAGGAACCCGGGGACCGCCACCGUCACAGGCGACAGGCGCUGGCGUCUGCAGAUGCAGGUGCGGACGGCGCGACGCAGGGCAUGCCCCCUGCCCUCGCCAACUUCACCUCCUGCCUGUGGUCAGUGGAGUUUGACCGCCUCACGGCGUGGCACCAACUCACGGCAGGCGGCAGCAGCAACAGCAGCAGCAGCAGCAGCAGCUCUGCUGCUGGCUCCUUGCGGCCUGCGGGCCUGCCGUACGUGUUCCUGGAAUCGGUGGUGCUGCUACUGCCGGCGGCGGAGCUGCAGCUGCUGGCGGCGCUGUGGAGUUCACCUGACCGUGCUGCCGUGAGUGGCGCAGCCGCAGCGGUCGGCGCCGGCUUUGCUGAGCACUUGGCGGCGGCGCUUGCGGCGUCCUCGGCGCCAUUGCCACAGCUGCCCGGGGCGCCUCCCUCCCUGGCGUUUGAGCGCUUCGUGUGGUGCGGACUGGAGGGUCGCAACGUGACGCUGACGUCAGCGGUGGAUCCGGCAUGGGGCAUCAAGCCCGGCAGCCUGGCGCUGCCGCCUCUGGCGGCGCAGCUGCCGCAGCGGCUGCUUGGGUUGCUACCCGGCGGCGCUGGCGGCAGUGGCAGCGGUGUUGUCUCCGCUGGUGUGCCGCCACCGCCAGCCGCCACGCCGCCGCCCAUAGACAUGCCGACUUCCCCAGCUGCGGAUGCCUCCGGUUGUGGCAGUGAUGGCACCGCCAACGCAUCCUACUGUAUCGGCGGCGCCGGCGACAGAGAUCAUGGUGGCAGCACACAGACAGGCAGCAGCAGCAAGAGCAGCAGCAGCGUUGAAGUCAACGUCACGGUCCCAGCCGCCGCCGCGGCGGCAGCGUUGGCGGCGCUGGUGGGUGCUGUGGUUGUACUAUUGCUGUGGCGGCGGCGCAGCCAUCUGCGGGACGCGCCGCCGCCUUCAGCAGCAGAUAACGCGUGUCUCAAGCCGCCCAAGGCCCAGAAAUCUUGCAGCUCUAGCCAGGACGCUCUUUCAGAGGAGAGCAGCCAACACGGCAGCCACGCCAGCGGCGACAGCAACUGGAGGUGCGGCGGGAAGCCCCGCGCCCAAGGCGGCGAGCAUGCUGGCUUCCCCAUCACCAGCAUCACUGGCCGCCCGUCGCCGCCGCUUUCAAGUGCGGACACUGGGUCCUCAAGGGGCACCGCUGCUGUCGACUGCCAACUGGCUGCCGGCAGCACAAUUGUGGUUGCAGUCGCAGCGGCUAGCGUUGACGUCAGCCGCGGGGCUGUUACGGCGGCGGCCGCCGCUGGCAGUGGGAGCGGCCUGCAGCCGCUUAAAGGAGGCGCUGCUGGCGACGCAGCCCCGGCGCAGCCCGGCAACCUUGGUGGUAGCGACCCGACGCCCGCUGCAGGGUCUCCCGACUCUUCAGCAGAUCUCAGCGCCGUGUUGCUGGCAGCAGGCACGGCGUCCGUCGACACGCAGGCCAGCAUGACCACGCCAGUGCCAGCAGCAGCGAUUGGGGUGCGGCUGCCGCUUGGCACGGGUGCGGGGGUUGUGGAGCAUGGCGCCGGUGCAGGCGGCAGCCGCGGCAUUGCUUCCAGCUCGGCGCACGGCGUGCACCGCAGCGCCACCGCCGUACGCCGCCACGGCCAGCACUUGCAGCUGCUUGCCCACGUGCCAGCGGUGCCACAAGCGCAGGCACCAGCAGCCGCGCAGAGGGCCUCAUCAGUGACAUUGACAGUGGCAGCGGCUCGGCAGUGUGGCACGCAGGUGCUGGUGGCGGCAGGCGCACCCGGCACCGCUGGCGACUGUGAAUGCAUCUACACUGGAGGCAGUGGGGGCAAUGGCAGCAGCCGGGCGGAAACGCCGCGGCAACCUGCUUCCGCCGCGGGUUCGAUCAGGCUGGCGGCUUUGCGGCUUCGGGCGGCACUGUGGGGCGCGGGGCAAAGCACCACUGGCGAGGCACCUUCGAGGCCCAUGCCCACUCCCUUGGCGCUCUCUGGGACAACCACCACCAGUGCGGCCCAUGCAGCGGCAGACAGCGGGCGUCAGGAUGGUGCCGCGGACCUGCACGCCACGUCCCAGGCAGUAUCAGGUGGCGUGCAGAUCCCCAUGUCGCCUGUGGGGCCACAGCUUGGGCGAGCAAGCAGCGGCGCCGAGGCUGCGUUUAGGGCGGCCGGCGGUAUGGCCCUUAUGGUGGCCAUGCGGCUCAGGGGCGGUGGGGCAGCGGGUGCGCGCGGGCAGGGCGCAAGCGGGUCGGCUGUCACCGCCACGCACGCUGGGGAAGGAGGUGCGUCCGGAGCGGGCCCGGGCUCGGGCGUGCAGCGGCGGUCACUGCAGGUGCAGGCAGGUGCCGGGGUUGUGGCAGCAGCGGCUGGAGUGGCGGGGGCAGGACCGGCAUCGGCGGCAGCGGCAGGGACGGGGCGGACGCCCUUCACCACCAAGGCGGCGGUAUCAUCCGCCUCCGCAGCUUCUGUCUCAGCAGCCGCACAGCGGCAGGACCGAGGCGUGCUCGCCCGCGCGCUCGCCGGCAUCCACCGGGACAUGCAGGCGAUGCAGGCGGCGGUGGAGGUGGCGGUGAAUGAAGCGGGAGGAGGGUGCGACGAAGACGCCGGGCCCAGCACCUCGGGGGAUCUGCGAGGUAGGUCACACCUGGCCAGCUCAAGUGACGGCGGCCCGAUGCCGCCCACCAGCUUCACGGCAGCUAGCGCCCCCCUGCCGCCGGCCGCCGAGGAUUCGGCGGCGGUGUCUGCGACUGCCCCUGCUCCGUUCCUCACUUCGCUCGGUGGCGGCGACUCCGCUGCUGGCGGUUCCGUGUGCAAGGGCGGAAGCGGCGGCGUGUGCGGCCCCCUGACUGGUGUGUCCAUCACGCGCGAACUGGGCCGCGGCGCACAGGGUGUGGUGUACGCCGGCACCUGGCGCGGACUGAACGUGGCAAUCAAGAGCUCGCUGCUGCACCGCAGCUGCCAUGCUGGCGCUACUGCCACUGCCGGCAGCGGUGCUACAGCCGGUGCUGCCCCCACUGCUGGGCUGCACCCGGGCAUUGCACAGGCAGUGCAGGAGGCUGCGAUCAGCGCGGCUGUGUCACACCCCAAUGUGGUCGCCACCUACACCUACUCCCUGCAGCAGCUAGGCGCCGGCAUGGGUGUUGGGACGCAAGGCGCGUCAUUGUUGCCGAGUCAGGAUACCUCCCAGCUCAGUAUUGACUCGGAGGCGGCACGCGGCGAAGCGGAGGCUUGGAAGCUGACGCUGGUGCAGGAGUUGUGUGACGCCAACAGCCUGCGGCACUGCCUGGCGACCGGGCGACUGGUGCGCGCGCGGGCAGUGCGGGUGCAGCAACCACAGCCUCUGAGCGGUACCAGGCUCGCGGGCAGCGGAACUGUCGUUGCAGCAGCGCUUGAGUGGGCUCCCUUACUCAUUCCCAUCAAUCGCGCUAGCAGCACCAGCCAACAGCCCAACCCCAAACUCAGCACUGGGUCAGGAGCUGUGUCAUUACACCGGUGUGCCUCUGCGUUGGGCCCACUGCACCCAUUCGUGGUUGGCUCGUGUGGCGAGGGCAGCGCAAACACUAGUAUGACGGUCAUUCACAGCCGCCAUGAUGGCGGCAGCAGCAGCGGUGCUAAGCCCGAAGGCACGGGCACUCGCGCUGAGCGUGCCGCUGCCAUGGCCGACGGCGGCCAAUCAUCCAGUGCGGACUCACAGCAGCUGCAGGCACCUGCGCCGCUGUCUGUGGAGGUGAUGCUUUCGGUAGCACUUCAGGUCGCGCGCGGCCUGGCGCACCUGCACGAGCGCUCCAUCGUGCACGCAGACGUCGGCUCAGCCAACGUGCUGCUGCAGACCACCGACAGCGGCGCUAGUCGGGGCUGCAUGGGGCAGGGCGCAAGUGCAGUGGGUGGCGCCCGCGCCGGCACCUACCUAGCUGCACCAGGCAUGCUGGCUGGCCCUGGGGAGGUUAGGGCACUCCCGCACCACGCCGGCGCACACAGCAACCUUGGUGGCAGCGCCCUCAGUGAAGCCGGCCCCUCCGACCCGUACACCUACGGGUACGUGGCCAAGGUGUGUGACUUCGGCCUGAGCGGGCGACUGGACGUAGACGCAGGCGCCACGCACAUCAGCGGCCCCGCACGCCGCUCCUCCGCCUACUCAGCGCCUGAGCUGGUGCGCUGCGGGCGAGCAGGCCCCGCCAGCGAUGUGUAUGCACUCGCGGUGGUGCUGUGGGAGCUGGCGUGGGGUGCGCCGCUGCCUGCGCUGCUGGUCCGUCCUGAGGGUGCGGGCGUGCGGGAGUGGCUGUCACGUCAAGACCUGGUGGACCCUACGGCGGCGGAGGCCCUGCCGGCGUCGCUGCUGCCGUGGCCAGCACACGCGCCUUCUGGUUAUGUGUCUCUGGCUGGAGAGUGCCUUGCGGCGGCGCCUGCAGGACGGCCGUUGAUGCGUGUGGUGUGCGUGAGGUUGCGGGAGAUGUUGUUGAUGAUGGUGCAAUGAACGAAUGAUGAGCAGGACAGUUUGGACAGACGAAAGCUUACUUCUCAGGACAUCUGACGAAUAUGAGAAUCGGGCAGGGGAUCAGACCAGCACGCUCGAACAGGUCUGGUGGGUAUCCUGACAUUGUGCUGCUUCGCGCAGCCGUGUGCAUUGCAUGGUCUUAUUGAUGGCAACUUAUUGUAUACCGUACUAUGGGUCAUUUUGGACUUAAAAGCAAAGUAUGAACUCUUUCCGGCGGUGCUGUAAAUUAUGAUGGUGAUUUGGAACUACGAACGGCAUCGUGCUGCUAUGCAGCUGAGGAAGACAUAGAGAGUGCAAUAGAGAGUGCAAUACUUAGAGAGUGACGGAGUUGUCGUGGGUACCGCAGCAGUGACGAGCAAUGGAGACGCGUGCGCUUACUUAAUAUGUCUUCGAAUGGUGGAUUCCUCAUAAGGCCAUUUUUCCACGCUUCUGAGAAGAAGUAUUACGAGUAUAUGUUGUGGGAUAACGGUUGUGAGGGUC